AUGACCAAGUUUAGCUACUCCGAUUAUUUAUCCCAGUUCCGCAAUGCCGGACGGAAAGGUAACGCUUUCCAGCGAACGCGGGGAGAAAACCGGACAGGAGUCCACCGGAGCGACGCAGCCCAGGAGCCGGAGGAUCUCAACCCCGUGGUCUCUGCCAUCAAGAGAGGAGACGUGGGGGCCCUUCAUGAUCUGGCAUCAUCUUCCCCUCAGUGCCUGCUGAUGGAGAACAAAGAUGGGUGGAUCCCCCUACAUGAUGCUGCCUACCUGGGGUGGACCCAGUGCCUGGAUGUCAUACUGAAAGUUUAUCCAGGUUCGGUUGACAAACGGACGCUGCAGGAGCAGACCGCGCUGCUGCUCGCCGUGUCAUGUGAGCAGCUGCCUUGUGUGCGGUGCCUUCUGGAAUCUGGGGCUGACCCCGACAUUUGCAGCAAUAACAAAGAAACCCCUUUGUAUAAAGCUUGUGAACUGGGGAAUGCUGACAUGGUGAGCCUUCUCCUUUCCUACGGCGCCUCUGUCAACCAGCGGUGUGGUCGGGGCUGGACAGCCCUCCAUGAAGCUGUGUCCAGAGACAACACGGCCAUCUGUGAGAUACUAAUCAGAGCUGGGGCCACAAUCAACCCCUCUAAUUCCUACAGCAUCACACCACUUAUUGUAGCGGCUCAGCACGGACAGAUGAGGGCACUGUGUUACCUUAUUGAAAAAGGUGCAGACGUGAACAUGCAGUCAUGUGAUGGGGCCACGGCUCUGCACGAGGCCAGUAAAAGUGGCCACAAGGAAGUAGUGACCUUACUGUUGACUAAGAAAGCAGACGCCAACAAACCCACCAACUCGGGACUGCUGCCUCUGCAUAUUGCUGCUCAGUACGGACACCAUGAGGUCGUGUCUCUGCUUGUCCCCGUGACGAGUCGAGCCCGGCUGCGCCACAGUUGGAUCAGCCCCCUGCACCUGGCAGCCGAGCACAACAGACACGCGGCGGCAGCUGUGCUGCUGAGGACAGGUGCGGACGUAAACGCCGUCCUGGCUCACAGUCACGCCAUCCGCUAUGCGGACCGGCGGGCCACGCCGCUCUACUUUGCCGUCGCCAACGGCAGCACGGAGACGGCCGAGGUGCUCCUGGAAGCCGGGGCGAGCCUGGGCCUGGACCCGGUCAGCCCCCUGCUGAUGGCCGUGCGCCGGGGCUGCGUCAGCUCCGUGUCCUUGCUGCUGCAGCGGGGGGCAGACGUCAAUGCCGGAAUUCCAUCCCAAGCAACGACAUUCCCGGCUCUGGUCGCCCUCUGUAUGAAUAACCUGCCUCUUCUCAAGUUGCUUUUGAACAAUGGCUGUGAUGCCCCCUCCUGCUUUGCUUGUACGUAUGGCAGCGCGCCUCACCCACCUCAAGGAGGGCCCAAUAUCAGAGCCGCUGAUAGCAGCGGACAUGUUUUGCCCAGUGACGGUGCACUCCCUUUAACUUGCGGCGGGUCAACGGAAAGGCCAGUUCAGUUUUGUGAGUGGAUUUCAGGCCCGGCAAUGUCUAAGUGGGCUGGGCCAAUUAUAGACGUGCUGCUGGAGCAUGUGGGUCAAGUUCAGCUGUGUAGCAAGCUGACCGAACUACUGGACAGCAGAGAAGAAUGGCAGGCCGUAAAGCAGAAGUCAUUGUCGCCACGACCACUGCUGCACCUCUGUAGAUUCAGGAUUCGGACCCAGAUUGGACGAGACAGACUGAGAAUUAUUACGAGCUUACCUCUGCCAAACAGACUGAUCAGAUACCUGAACAUGGCCGACCGACUUCAAGAUGAACCUCACACAAUAUAG